AUGCUGAGUGUCGUCACGGACUACAUCAUUCACAGUCCUGGCCUCCUGGAGAGAGCUGUUACAAAACCAGGAACCAAUCCUUCAGAUAUCAUCCGCGUUUUGGCCCAGUGUUGGCAAAACACCCUUCCUUCCGGAAAGAGAGGUUUAGAUGUUCAGUCUUUCCACAACCUCACGGCAACCCUGGCCAGAUGCGCAUCGCAGCUGAGGACCUACCACCUCCACGAUCCUUUCAAAGUAGUACUCAAGCAAGCCAUGCGACUGAAAGAGCAGGCCUGUGCUGACCUUGGCACGAUGUGUUUUCCAACUAUCGAGCCCAACUUUCCACGGAUUGCUGAAAUGUCCUACAACAAGAUGAGAAGGUUCCGCUCUCAGGCAAACCUUGUUCCCGUGGCUGCGACUUUGCCUGCAUAUCCCUCACCAGCCCAUCAAAAACUUCUUCCCCGUCAAGUGCGCCCAGUUUAUCAACCUUUAACAAUUCGACAGAAGGUCUCAACGCCGGUUCGCUUGCUUCAUUCCGUUCGACCACAGCCGCCCCGAUCCACGGCUUCAUCAGCUAUACGAACCACUCAUAUCUUAGCUCGCAAGGUCCUGCAUGCAUCAGCUCAACGAAACAUUGAUACAUCAGUUCCCAAGCUCCUGCCUGCACCACACAAUCUUCCUGCUUCAACUAGCAAGAAUCCCUCUACCCUGGCUCAACAAAAUCAACCAACACAGGUUCGAAAGGUGUCCCCACAGAACCCAUGUGUACAAGCUCGAGAGAUUCCAUCUUCACCAUUUCCCGCGUACACCUCUACCCUGGCUGCACAGAGUCCAUCUGUAACGGUUCCUAUGUCCCCUCCACCAGCUCGACAGAUCCCAUCUACACACACUCAACAGAUGCCAUCUACCCCAUUUCCCGUGUACUCUUCAACCCUCUCUCGGCAGAACCCGGCUGCAACAGUUACGAAGCAGCCUUCCUCUCCGUCUACAACUAGUAAAGGGUUCCCGUCUUCCCGACACAGCACGUCCAGCCCAGUUCGACAGACCCCGUCGUUGGCCCCUGCGACAGCCGGCUAUACCCUUCAGCGACGACGACCAUACACACCAACACGCCAUCAACCAACUACAUCAAUCAAAACCCGACCAGCACCUCAUGCUCCUCAACCAAUUCCGUCUGCUUGCGUUGGUUCUUCAGCUACUCAAACAAGAAACCUUGCUACAUCACCUCAGUCUGCUAACAGACUCACCAGCAACCAACGGCUGUUGAUACAUGCUGAAUUGAGAAGACUUCAUCUUGUCUCUUCAAGUCCAGCUAUGCCACGGCACACACCAAGGAUGUCUCUCACCCCCAACAAGCAACCCAACACAUCAGCAGCAGCCUCAGGAGCGCCUGUCCUUCAUCAUGCACAGAAGAGAUUUGCAGAAGCCAGACAGUCUGUCUACAGACAGACACAAGUCAGCACUCUCCACCCAGCAGACAGAACCGUGACCAAGGAGCUGUUUUUCAACUAG